UGGCGUUUUAACGAUGCGACGUCAUAUCAGUGGACCAAGUAACAGGCUAUUUUUGAAGAUCUCACUCUCACACUCACGACUGAUGCGAAGCCGGUGAUUUGCUGCCCCACCCUUCCCUCGAUGGUUUCUUAUUCAUACAUCUCGGCCGAACGCGUCCACUUUCCCCACCAUACCACACCUCACCGACUUAACGACAGCAACAAAACCUGUGUUUUGUUGAUAAUUUCCGUAUUCUGCUUUAGGAAUUGACUCAAUCAAACGUUAAAGUUUGUGACCAGCGAACAGAUUUUGCAAUCUCGGUGCAUUUCUGUCGAAUUUUACGUCCUUGCUUGGACUUUGUUUAGGCAGAUCAUCAGUCAUACGUAGUAGCGAUCUUCCAGACGUGUGGAUCACUAUUCUACUGCUUUUUCUAGAAGUGUACUGAGGUUUAGGCGUACUUUCUGUUUUUAUUCGAUCGAUUCGUCUAAUUGCUUUAUCCUCUUUUCUUCCAACCAAUUUUCCAAAGCGUAUACAGCCUGUGUUGUGUGCACCAAUCACUUGUGACUGUAAGAAAUUCACUGUGAACACACCCAGGAUUCUUUGACUCGCUUUAGUAGAGUUGUGUUUGGCCCGUUUUUUCGUUAAACCCUUGGAUUUGGAAUACAGUGUUUAGAAACGCAAUAUUUCCAACCAAAGAAAGGCGAAAAGGAAACAGUUGGAGCUUUAUUCUUGCGUUUAAUUCUCACCCAACUCUGCUGAUAAAAGAAUUCGAUUAUACAGACAUCUAGUCUCUCUCUGAACGCGAAUUCUUAUUAAAGUACUUGUUGCUCAUCAAUCCCUUGCUCUUUUUCCAUUGGAGGUUUCGCAAGAGCUAUCUGUAAUCUUCUACAAGAAUAUUGCUUGGUCUUGUUUUUCACCUCUUAUUUUGAAUGCGUUCUUAAACGUCUCGGCAAUUGUUCGUUUACGUUCAACUACUCUAGAAAUCUCAAAUUCAACGUGAUAUAAUUGCUUUUUGUCUCAGAAACAUUUGCACUCUGAAAAUCUCAUUGCCAUUUAUUCUCGUUUCUCAUUGAUUUAUCGUUCUCCACUUACCUUUUUUCUUCUCUUCCUACUUUAAUUUCUCUACGUUUUGACAGUUCGCUUUUAUUGUCUGCAUUCUGUUACCUACUACUUGUUUCCACGGAAUAUUUAACGAAAUAUGCACGACAGCUUUUCCAUAUCUGAUGCAGUACAGGCAGACUCGUUGACUGCCCCACCGACGGCGUCAUCGAAUUCAGAUUCUCUAGAGUCUAAGAGUAAGGAAGCCAUAGGAGAAAACAAUGUAACAUCGGCAGGUGCGGACGAAGGUGUGCAAAUGUCCGCCACACAAGCUAGAAACGGAGAAACACCGGAAGCCCGUACUGUUCAUUCACGAGUGACAUUGGCUCAGGUUGACUCUACCGCUGUGCAAGGUAGUGACUCUAUGCCAUCUCAGAAUGAGAAGCAGGAGGAUAUUACGCACGUUAAGCCUGCUGAACCCCAUGAGGUUUCCGCGGCAGACACAGCCGGUGCGGCAUUAAACUCCAUUACUUCGUCCGCCCCAGCAGCUAACACGGGCAAUCAGGGUAGCCCAAGUUUGUGUUGCUGUACAACUGUCCAUGGACACCCGCAUGUUUCAACGAACAUGCUGGCAUCCACUGCGGGUCUCCGACUGCCUCCUAUUUCCGCGCUGUUGGCAGCUACAUUCGCUAAUCCGCCUUUGAACUCAGCCAACUUGGCAGCUGCUGAGGGCGCCCUCCCAACCUCUGCCUUUUUAAGUGCAUAUCCACCAGUCUCAUGCGCCUACGUUGUCGCCAACACUACCUCUGCUAUAUCUGCCGGUGGGCACGUUGACAUCAUUGGUGCAAAUGGUCUGAAUACAAUGAUCACACAAGCACCGGUGAUUCCUCCUUUGAGCGGACGCGUGCCCGCUACUCAACCGGGAACGGUAUUGGUACCAGUACAAACGUCUAUGUUUCCCAUAGUUUGUCCUGGCUGUGCUCAUUCUAGCAGUCCUCAGGAACGUGAAACGUCCGUACAGCCUGCUGACGGAAACGCUAGACCAAUGGACAUGGAUCAUCCUUCUGUCACAAACAAUGAGGCUGUUUCCAGUGCACGGUCUCACACGUCUCCACAGCCCAUUAACACGCCCGACAAUGGCUUUAACAAGCGUGCAGCAAGCAUCAUUGACUUAAGCUCCACGCCUGUCAGUAGUAGCCCAAGGAAUGCUAUAAGUUUACCGGAUGCUUCUGGCUUUGUCGCCGCUCCCGUUAACAUGCCUCCGGUAACAGCUACGAAUGGCCCAGAUCCCUCUGUAUUUCCCGAAAGUGCUGCUGCCGCUGGUGAUAGAAACCCUUUUAUGUCCGCCACUAAUCCAUCUAAAUUUGGUGCAAUCAUCACGAACAAUGUUCCGUUUGCACCAACGCCUACGAAGGAACGCCGUAAUUCAACAGGCAAGCAUACUACAACCCAUGCCGCUCGGAGGUAUUCCACUAAGCAUAAGGAUGCACAAUCUAUUCACGGUUCAGUGAACGGUGCUGGCAAUACCACUUCUGUAAGGUAUAAAUGCAGUGAAUGCUUACAAGGAUUUUCACGACCCUCAAGUCUCAAAAUUCACACGUAUUCACAUACUGGUGAGCGUCCUUUUGUGUGCGAUUAUAAUGGUUGCGGUAAGGCCUUCAACGUGCGCAGUAACAUGAGACGCCAUCAGCGUGUGCAUGGUAUCUAAGUCACAGACAGCUUUGUCCGGCAAGUUUUCCGAUUCACUUUUCACAAUCACCCUCACCUUCUUUCUCUCCAUGUACUCACUACAAUUGUUCUUGCUGUCUGUCUGCUACUGGACGAGCAGGAAUGUUGGCGCUGGCAAUCAAUAAGCAAAGGUUUGCUUGGUUGCACUACGCUUUCUCUGUUUGACCUCUUUUUCGGUUUGACGUUCCUUAUUUUGUUUUCUCAUUUCGUUGUUCCACCUUUCCUUCCAUUUCCUUUCCUGCUUGCUUGUUGACCUACUGCUUUAUUGGCAUCGUUGACAAUCAGCUUUGUGUUUUCACGGCUGCUUAUUUAAAAUCUGGGUGCAUAGUGGUUGUUCAAUUUACGAUAUUUUACUUAAUUUUUUUUACCUGAAGGCAUGCAUGGCCCGUUCUACUACUAGUUCAAAUAAUAGGAAUCUCUUUAUAUGCGUUCACCAUAUGCUGGAAUCGUUUCAGACUCUCGGAUGUGCCUGUAAUUUGCUUUUCCAAAUUUUACUUCUGCAGUCUCGGAAGAUAUUUUUCUUUCGAAUUGAUAACGUCGCACAAUUAUCUGUUCACUUCACGCCCAGGAACUUACACGUGUGAUUUGCAACGUGACAGUGCUCAAUAUUGUGCUGCUGAGGCUAUGUCGCAAUACUUCCUAUGUUAUUACUUUUGUGGAAGCACAAAGUCAUCGCGAUGCUACAAGCUGUUUCGUAGAAUUAGUCAUAUUCAUCUAAAGGUAUAGACACUUCAUAUCUAACAUGAUUUUUAUACUAAUCUAAAGUACAAAUAGAAAAUGACAAUAAUGCAUAUAUACAAUCUAAAACGAUGUAUCUUCAAUUGAAGAAAAUGAAUAUUCGAGAUUCGUUAAGAAGCACAGUAGCUUCCUAUUUAUUCUUUUCGGUAUCCUGUUGUUUGUCUUGCUGCUUUGUUGAUGCAUUAUCUUCAUACGAAAGCAACAGUUUGACUUCCUUACGGCGGCUUGCAAUCAAGAAGGGUGCAAUUAUGCAUGCUGGACUUAAAUACAACAAUGCGGGCUGUGCUGCAUGAAAGUAACGAACGGCAGAAUUCGCACAGAGCAAACCGAGAGUAUAGCCAACCAUAGACGCUUUGAAGUAUGGAAGUUUUUGCCCGGAGGGAGGUGUGGAUGUGCCCUCGACCUUUCCUUCAGAUUCUUUACGCUUGAGAUUGGCUAAAUCAAAGCGAAGCAUAAGGGAAACCAUCAAACCAGGGAGUACUAUAUCACCAAGGCCAAGAAUGGAAAAACGAUCAGACUGAGAAAGAGAAGGGAAAAGAUAUUUAGCUGGAAUAUUCACUCCCUUGGCUACAGUAACCAUCACUUUUGUACCAAAAACAAAGUAAAUAUCGUAGAAAAACAGAGCCGCAAGCAGCAGGGAUCCAGUCGCAUACGAGUCAAUGUUCAUAUAUGCAAUUGAAGUGGUUGCCAUCGCAAAAGACAGUAUGUUUGAAAAAAGCCAAUUUUUCGUAUACAAGUAUGCCGCAGAACAACCAAUGGAUGUGACAAACGCAAAGAAAGAUAUAAGUUUUCCACCGCGAUUUAACAUAGCAUACAGGCAGCCAGCUGCUGCAAAGCUAGAAUACACCUGAAGGAUUGUUUCUAUGUACUCCUUAAUCCAAUAUUUCAUGACAAUGUAUAAAGAGACAAGCACAGCACCACCCAUAAUCGGAAAAAGAAGGGCCGUUUUCGAGUGAAUGGUUUGCUGUUCCUCUCGGACCUUUUUUGAGGCGGACCAUUUCGAGCCAGCGUAUACAGUCGAAAUGGCUAGCCCUGCGAGAAUAAGACUUUCCAUUCUUGUGGCGGGUUACCGAGUUUUUGUGUGAUUACCGUUGCCAAAAGG